AUCUCUGCUGUCUUGGUCUUGUGACUUUUGUCAGCUGAAUAUUAAGUUAAUCGCAGCAUCGAAAAAAGUGAUAAAUUCGCGGACAUUUCUUGAAAAUUAUUAGAAUAUUCCCGUGCAUAAUUUUAUCUAAGUAAGCAAAAAAAUGGCAGACGUUAAAGAUUUAAUAAAUUUGCCCGAUGAUAAUAUUGAUAUGAUAGCUGCCACUUCAGUACUGCAACAGCAGGCAGCUGAUAUACGUACCAGGACAAUUAACUGGGCAUCUUACAUGCAGUCUCAGAUGAUAUCACAAGAGGACUUUAAUGCAAUAAGCGCACUGGACACUGCCAAGGCUGCCUAUCUUCAAAAAAAUUCUGCACAAGCGGUGAAAACUUUAUUGAAUCUGCUCGCCCAUGUUUCAAAAUAUCAGACGAUACAAUAUAUACUUGUGAUGAUCGAUGAUAUGCUGCAAGAAGAACGUUCGCGUGUUCAUUUCUUCCAUGAUUACGCAAAACAAAAUAAAGAGUGUGCUUGGGGGCCUUUCCUUAACUUAUUAAAUCGUCAAGACGGUUUCAUUGUAAACAUGUCAUCGCGUAUUCUAGCAAAACUUGCUUGUUGGGGUCGGGAACUCAUGCCUAAAUCGGAUUUGAACUUCUACUUGCAGUUCUUAAAGGAUCAGCUGACCGUAAAUGUAAGUUUUUUGCAUACAUAAGCCAAUGCUUGUAAAAUUGUAGA